CUCUUCAAUUACAAGCAUAGUGUAAUUCAUCUAAUCUCUGAGCUAUCAGAGAAGAUAAAAUCUUAGAGAGGGAGAGAUUCUACAUCCUUUUGUGUCUGAUUAUCAAGAGGAGAUGAAGAAAAGCUCUCUGUCCCCUCUACAUCCAAAGCAUGGAGAACCGUCCAAUUCUGGUACGUCCCAUGCUAGAGAUCAUGUUGUUAGGCAUGAGUGGGCCCACCCCAGAAUUGAAGAAGAAGCAUCCAAGCAUGAUAGGUCCCAUGCUAGAGAUCACAUGGUUAAUCAUGAGUUGGGCCAUGUUAGGGACACCAAGCCUGUUGUGAAGAGGACGGAGCCGCGGGCUGACGACAUCAACGAGUGCGCCGAGGCGUUCAUCCAACGAUUCAGGCAGGAUCUCCAUAUCCAACGGCUGGAAUCGAUCGAGAAUUAUGAACAGAUGCUGGCCAGAGGUCUCUGAUUCUACCUUCCAUGCAACUUAUAUAUAAAUUAAUUUGUGUGUGACCAUUGUUUGAAUUCCUCCUUUGAAAUUCAAACUGUAUUAUGGUGAAAUGUUUGGAUUGUGGAGGAAUCUGCACUACGAUGAAAAUAUUUCCAUUAUGGUAGAAAAUAUGAAUUGGGUUUGUAAGUUUGUGUGUGCUUUAUGGUUAUUAAUAAAUUCGUGAUGGUUUGUUUGA